AUGGAGAAGAGCCUGGGUGGCUUCGUGCCCAGCAGGGACUGGAGCAAUCUCACCCAUCUCAUAAUGGUUGCCGGCCACACGGUCUUCAUGGGCACGGACUUUUCGAGCGCAGGGUCGCAGGGGGAUCGAUGGUUCCUGUACGACUACCAGAGGAAUCAGUUCGACUGGUUCCUGCAGCACAUCACCGCGGGGGUGAAGCUGGCCCAAGAGGAUCCCAGCAGUCUGCUGCUCUUCAGUGGGGGGGCGACGAGGAUGCUCGCGGGCCCGAGGACGGAAGCGCAAUCUUACUGGCUGUAUGCAGAUGCUCAGGAUUGGUUUCUGGACCCGUCGAAGUACACUCGCAUGCAGAUUGAGAGCCUCAAGCACAGAGUACACACGGAGGACUUUGCAAGAGACAGCUUCGAGAACUUGCUCUUCAGCAUUUGUAGGUUUCGUCAGCUAACGGGAAGGUAUCCCGAGAAGAUAACAGUCGUCAGCCUACCCUUCAAGGAGAAGCGAUUCCGCGAGAUCCACAGGAAGGCUCUCCGCUUCCCCAUACACCGAUUCGAGUUCGUGGGGAGGGGAGGCUCUCCCCCAGCUGCUGUCGAGGGAGAGCUCCGGCACUCGCUGACCCCGUACGAGAGGGAUCCUUACGGAUGCAGGGGAUCCUUGGCCGAGAAGCGCAAGUCACGGAACCCCUUCAACAUGGCGGUACCAUAUCCCCAGGGCUGCGAGGAGUUGACUUCGCUCUUCAAGUUCUGCGGGACCAACAUAUACUUCGGGACCCUCCCCUGGGACCCAUAG